UUAAACAUAAGCUAUCAAAACACUGAUCCAAAGCUUUUCUUUUUUCUCUUGCAAGUUUCCUACCUUUCUUUUUCUUCAACCAAGCUAUACGAGAAAGCAUCCCCAGCAAAGUGAUGGCCAUCCGUCUGCCUCGUAUUAUUCAAGCUAAGCAAAGCCUUAGACCAUCUUCCAAGGAUGUUUCGAAGGGCUAUAUUGCAGUUUACGUUGGAGAAAGCGAAAAGAAGCGCUUUGUGAUUCCCAUAGCUUACCUGAAUCAGCCUACAUUCCAAGAAUUGUUGAGUCAAGCUGAGGAAGAAUUUGGCUUUGAUCAUCCAAUGGGGGGUUUGACAAUCCCUUGCAGAGAAGACAAGUUCAUUGAUCUGACCUCUUGCUUGAGUAAAAACAUGAGUUAGCAGCACUGGCAUGUAAAUUUAGAGAACAGUAGUAGUUUUUUAUAUAUAUGAUAUAGCAAGGCACAAUUUUUGUGACGUAGAAAACAGAUAAAUUUUGUACAGUUUCCUUUCUUCCAUCAAGGAAAGAAGAGGAUUAUGAAUAGCGGCACAUGCUUCGUUUGCAUUCUCUCUCAUUUUUUUAAGAAUCCUUUGUGAGUAUGCAAUUUGACUGAGAAAGGAAGAAAGGAAAUGCAGGCCAUACUUCAAAACAGAUGAAGAUAUAAUUGAUGAGGGAAAUGAAGAACUAGAAAUUUUUUCUCACUUGGACCAUGAAGCUAAUGAUCUUCCCACAAUCUUCCUGACUUCCCUCUGAUGCAUCAUCCAUCCAUCACGAAAUUGAAAGUUAAAAUCUAGAAGACAAGUUGAUAAACCUAUUUGGCAAAUCUGUAGUGCUUCUCCCCCCCUCUUCCUGUCUUCCUGUCUUUUUACAAGUCUCUUACCGAAAACCUUGAUGACUGUUUGAUGUUAUUCCCUAAAUAAAAUAUGUUGUGCCUGUAAAUACUAAAUAGUCAGUGACGGGCUUUUUACUGACUCAAAUGUCAUUACUGUGCUGCCUAGACAAAAAGCAUGUACAACUGCCAGAGAGUCUUGUACAACUUGAAUUUUAUUUGGUUGAUUUCAAAUGCAGCCAUGCUGGAGAGCCCUGGAGGCCGGCCUCGCCGCAUGAUACCAAAACAGGCAAACAACUUCAAGAUUUUUAAGAUUUUUUGUCAAGUUGUCAUUUGGGCUUGCUACCAUGAAAUGGAAAAGAGGAAGGUUCAGGAAUACAAUUCAGCCACUUCAUUUGUGCUUGUGCUUACUCUUGCACACUUCUUGUCCUUUCUGACAUUGUCUACUCUGUUUUUGUUCUUUUUUUUUUUUUACCUCAAAAUGUUCAUUUACGCAUCAUUGAAUUCCUUGGAUGGGGCAUCCAAUUAUGUCU